UUUUUUGUUCUAGUUCCAGUGAUUCUCUCUCUCUCUCUCUCUUCAAGCACUAAACAAAAGGAGACACAAACCACUCUACUACUACUACUACUACUACAAGUGCAAGUGCACAUUGAGUAUCCUCUCUACUGCUCUUUUAGUCUGUCUCCCACUUCUGUAAUGUGGCCAUAGAUAGAUCUCCGUUUCUCUUGCUGCCUUCUCUUUUUUGCCUCCAGGGUUCCCCCCCCCCCCACUACUUUUUCCUACUGCCACUUAAGCCAGUGUUGAAGGAUCCCAUUCUUAGGAGCCAACAAGUCUUGAGAAUGGGAAGGGCUAGCUCCUUGAUUACUUUGUUCUUCUUUCUACAUGUUGCUGCUUCUGGUGUUCUUGGGGAUAGCCCUUACAGGUUCUUCACUUGGAACAUCACCUAUGGAGACAUCUGGCCCAUGGGUGUCAAGCAACAGGGAAUUCUGAUCAACGGACAGUUCCCAGGGCCGCAGAUCGAAGCUGUCACCAACGACAAUGUCAUCGUCAAUGUGUUCAACAGCUUGCCCGAACCAUUCCUCAUCUCCUGGAACGGGAUACAGCAGAGGAAGAGCUCAUGGCAGGAUGGUGUUUACGGCACCAACUGCCCCAUCCCACCCGGGAGGAACUUCACGUAUGUCAUGCAGUUCAAGGACCAGAUCGGUAGCUACUUCUACUUCCCCUCCCUUGCAUUCCACAAGGCCGCCGGUGGAUUCGGUGGCAUCAGAGUCCUCAGCCGGCCGUUGAUCCCCGUGCCAUUCCCUCCUCCUGCCGGAGAUUUCACCCUGUUAAUUGGCGAUUGGUUCAAGGCCAACCACAGUACCCUUAAGUACGUAUUAGACAGCGGCAGAGAUCUCCCUUUCCCGGAUGGGGUUCUGAUCAAUGGUCGCGGAUGGAACGGGAACACCUUCACCGUUCAACAAGGCCGAACGUAUCGGUUUCGGAUAUCGAAUGUUGGAUUGACGGCAUCGUUGAACAUAAGAAUUCAAGGCCACGCCAUGAAAUUGGUGGAGGUCGAAGGUUCCCACACUCUACAGAACACCUAUUCCUCGCUGGAUCUUCAUCUCGGCCAGUCCUGCUCGGUUCUGGUCACAGCGGAUCAGCCCGCGAUGGACUACUACAUCGUGGCCUCCACUCGAUUCACCAGCAAAGUGCUCAGCACCACGGCCAUCCUUCGCUACAGCAACUCCGGCGGAACAACUGCUGGUCCGCCACCAGGAGGACCGACCAUUCAGAUCGACUGGUCUCUCAAUCAGGCGAGAUCGAUUCGUUGGAAUCUGACGGCCAGCGGGCCGAGGCCGAAUCCGCAAGGUUCGUACCACUACGGUCUCGUCAACACGACGAGGACGAUUAGGCUCGCGAACUCUGCGCCGUUCAUCAAUGGCAAGCAGCGAUACGCUGUCAACAGCGUCUCCUUCAUCCCAGCUGAUACGCCGCUGAAGGUGGCCGAUUUCUACAAGAUCCCUGGAGUGUUUUCGCUUGGGAGCAUUUCCGACAACCCGACCUUCGGAGGCGGAUACCUCCAGACGUCGGUCAUGGCGGCUAAUUUCCGAGACUACGUCGAGAUCGUCUUCGAGAACUACGAGAACACCAUGCAGUCAUGGCAUAUCGACGGAUACUCCUUCUGGAUCGUCGGAAUGGAUGGAGGACAAUGGUCAGCAGCGAGCAGGAAAAGCUACAAUCUGAGAGAUGCUGUUGCUCGUUGCACUGUUCAGGUCUACCCCAAGUCUUGGUCUGCCAUUUACAUGCCUUUGGACAACGUAGGAAUGUGGAACGUGAGAUCAGAGAACUGGGCUCGUCAAUACCUGGGCCAGCAGUUGUAUCUCCGUGUGUAUUCCCCUGCUAACUCAUGGAGGGAUGAGAACCCGAUUCCGAGGAACGCCCUUCUCUGCGGCCGAGCAUCCGGCCGCCGGACCAGGCCGCUGUGAUCUCAGUUAUUGUCAUCGUCACGAGGGGGUGACCCAUAGGCCUUGCUAGGAAUGAGAUCCAGAACAAGCUCUGUUUUCUCCAUGUCGCUGAUACAUUUUGCAGCAUUCGUGUUGCUCCGUCCAAAUUGCAAUCGCUGCUUACCUUUGUAUAACUCCCAUUUAUGAUUUAAAACGCUAUGUUCAGCUGCUUCGGUGAAAUCCAAUGUGAUCGUCGAUAGGUGGCUCGAGAUUCAAUAAAAGAGAGUUAUGCUACCUCUUUUUA